AUGUCUCCCCACUCGAACGGUAGCUACACCAUGACUUCCGGUGCCGUCCAGGAAUCCGCCAUGACGAACAACACCGGCCGCCGCCCCCUGCUCCCCGGUGUCUACGUCCCUACCCCGGCCUUUUUCGACCCUGUGAGCGAGGAUAUCGACGUGGAGACCACUGCCUCGCAUGCUGUGCGCCUAGCACAGGCCGGUGUUGCCGGCAUCACCACUCAAGGCUCCAAUGGCGAAGCCGUGCACCUCUCGCACAAAGAGCGCAACCUCAUCACCUCGACCACCCGCCAGGCUCUCGACGCCGCUGGCUUCACCAACCUGCCCGUCAUGGUCGGCUGUGGCGCCCAGUCCACGCGCGAGGCCAUCGAGCUCUGCCAGGAGGCCCACGCCGCUGGCGGCGACUACGCCCUCAUCCUUCCACCGGCCUACUACCAAGGCCUCUUCAACGCCGACUCGGUCAGCAGCUUCUUCCGCGACGUGGCCGCCGCAUCUCCCAUCCCCAUCCUCAUCUACAACUAUCCGGGCGCCGUCGCCGGCCUCGACCUCAACUCCGACACCAUCACCGCCCUCGCCGCCGCCCACCCCAACAUCGUCGGCUGCAAGCUGACCUGCGGCAACACGGGCAAGCUGGCCCGCGUCGCCGCUGCCACGCAAGCCGCCACCCCUUCCAACCCGGGUUCGGGUUUCCUGUGCACCGGCGGCUCUGCCGACUUCACCCUGCAGACCAUGAUCGCCGGUGGUUCCGGCAUCAUCGCCGGCCUCGCCAACAUCGCGCCCAAGGCCUGCGUGCGCCUCAUCCAGCUGUACGAGGCGGGCGACCUCAAGGCUGCCCGCGAGCUGCAGGCCGUCGUGGCACGCGGCGACUGGGCUGCCAUCAGGGGUGGUGUCGUCGGCACCAAGAGCGCCCUUAUGUCGUUCUUCGGCUAUGGCGGCUAUGCACGCAAGCCGCUGCCGAGGCCCGGCAAGGAGGAGAACUUGAAGUGGAGGCAAGGCUUUGAAGAGUUGGUCACCGUGGAGAAGGCGCUAUGA